AUGUCUUGCAGUCACUGCGACCUGCAUCUCACCUGUAACUGCUCCUAUGGUGGAUUCACCCAUGUUCCUUUGGUAACGGGCAGAGCUUUGAGUCUCGAUCUCUCCUUCAAUGGCAUCACAGUGGUGACGGAUGAUGACCUGAUGGGCCACUCACGACUGAGGGUUCUGGACCUCCAUGAUAACAAAUUAGCUACAAUCCAUCCAUUGGCGUUCGACUCUCUGUGGAGCCUGGAGGAGCUGGAUCUCUCCAACAACCAGCUGACGGUUCUCAACCACACGUGGUUCAAAAAGCUGGAGGCUCUGCAGAGGCUCAACCUGCUCAACAACCCCUACAGCCGUCUGGGUUCACCUCCAUUAUUUCAAGGACUCAUCCGAUUGAAGAGGUUGAUGUUUGGAGGUUGGGCUCUAAAGGAGCUGAGGAGAGGGGAUCUGUGUGGAGUCCCUGAGCUGGAAGAGCUGACUGUGCAUGCCAACAACCUGCAGAGAUAUGAUUCUGGUACUUUGGGGAAUAUUUGGCCACUGGGUCGUGUAACUUUAAGACUCCACAGUCCAUUUUUAACAAAUGUGGCCUUGGCGGAGACUGUGCUCAGUGAUGUUUCAUACCCCGAGACCCCGAUAACUCUGAAGGACCUACAUCUGGUUGGGAAUCAGUCUGUUCAACCCCUCAGAGCCUCCGCCCAGAAGAGGAUCAGGUCUCUUACUUUUCAUAACUCAUCCAUGUCCGAUGAGUCGGCUAUAGGCUUCCUGGAGGUGAUGGAUGGAGUUCCUGUAUCCUAUAUUCACCUGGAAGAUAUGGUGCUGACGGGUGAGGGCAGGUAG